AUUUUCUUUGCGUUCAAAAGAUUGUUUACAAAUGGCAGACAUAGGAACCUGGAAAUAACUUGCAGGACAUAUUUUAAGACAAAUAAAAAUGAGUAAAAGGCAGCCACCAUCAAAAUCAGCAGCAUCCAACAAGGCAGGUGGGACAGGCGGUGUUGCUGGAAAAUCAGUUGUUCCACGAGGCGGCCGGGCAGUGGUUCCCAGAAACAUGCCUGCCCCAAUACCCAUGACCAAGAAGGAUGGAAUGCUGGUCCCUGAAGGUUAUACAAUGCGAAAGAUUGAACCUGCAAAAAAUUAUGAUGUGGAAUCAUUUGCUCGUGCCAUGAACCCAGAUUUUGCCCCAAGACUUAAAAAGCUGUUCGACCAAGAAACAGAAGCAGCAGUCAAAUCACAGCAGACAGGCAUAUACAUUGGCUGGAGACUGCCAGAGUUCAAACACGACUGUCAGCGGGUUAAUGACAUGUCCAAGUGCUUCUGUGGCCAUCUCCUGGGAGAACAUGCACAGUACACAGGAAAGAGUGUGAGGGUGCCAUGUGUUCAGGGUGGAUGCAAGUGUAAGGGAUUUGCAUGGGUGCCUUCCCGGGCGGAGGAUGUGGGGGAGUUCUGGUUGCAGCGACGUCGGGACUUUGACCCAAGCACAUGGAGGGCAAAGUGUCGUUGCAAACACACGCAUGAGGAGCAUGAGGCUGCUGGCUCGAGAAGAUGCAAGAAAAAUUGUGGUUGUGGGCACUUCAACUCCAAUUUCCUGUGUGCGGCCUGUGACAAACAUUGGGAAGACCACGAAACAUUCUUCGAGACGGAAGAUGACAGAGUGGUCAAGGGCUUGCCUGUUGGCGAAAUGUACCUGCCAUUUGCGGAGAUGCCGCACUUACGGAACAUCGCGUUGACGGGUGAUGAGGAUGAUGACUCUCGUUACCUGGCCCUGGUCCAGGGAGAGGGCUCCAUCCCCAGACGCAAACAGAUAGAGGCUGGCAACCACCAACCCUUCCCACAACAGGGGGCCUCAAAAUCAGGAUUCAAGCCAGUUUAUGACUGAACAUCACCAAAGUUGUUACGUUGCCUUGGCUUUCAUUGAUCCUAUAGCACAGCUACAUUUUAGGGAGCAGUAAAUAUUGAUAAUCACACCUUAUAUUAAGUCACAAAUAUGUAAUAGGUAGAUUACACAAUCAUUUACUUGUGCUUUAUUCAAAUUGCUUUUAUCUUAUCUAGGGAAAAAAAUAAGGGCUUAUCAUAAGUUCAUUUUUCUUUUUUGCACAUUUUGUUUGAAAUGUAUGCGGCCAUGUAAGUUGUAUAACAGACACAUACAGACCCAAUUCCAAACAUGUUGGUGACAUGGACUGAUUAGUUUUUUGUGUUCAAGGUUUUCCUUUGCAAUGAGCCUGUCCACAAUGACUGUUCAUAGUUUAUGCUGAAUUGUUGAUCUCAAUUUAAACCACUUUCUUUUAAAAAAAACAACCCCUGUUCAUAAUGGUAUUGAUUAUAUAACAUUCUUGAUAUAAGGCUAUUAACAUCUUUUUUCAAGUAAUCAAGGGUUAUCGAUGGUUAUUUACUAUGUCGUACAGCUGUAUUUUAAUUCUGUGAUAAAUUUGUUAUAUAUGUUUUUAGAAUUUAUAUACAGAUGUAUUUCAAUACUGUGAUAAUUUGAGACUUUUACAUUUUCAUUUAUUGUGCCUGUGUAUAUCUAUUUGUUGUUAUGCUUUGUUGAGCUGUUACCUGCAUAUUCAUUGACAUCAGUAAAUGCAAAUAAAACUCCAUCCCAGUUAUUUAUUACCCAUCAAAUAGUUUGUUCUUUCUCAACCAAUACUGUAUUUUAGGACACUUAUUUUACACAUUUGUAAUCAUUGUACAAUGCCCUUUUUUAAAUGAUAUCGAACUUGUAUGGGGUCACCAGGCAUUGUACAUAACUUCUGCAUCGAAUACCUUGUUAAGCAUUUUAAGUAAAUAAGUUUAUUGUUUGAAUGGAAGGUGAUUUUUAAGAUAAUUGCAUUUUGGUGAAAACUAAACAUGUUGCUCUCUGUUAUAAUCUGAAUUUUGUUUUAAUGGCCUGUUAAAAAAAUGUUUCACUUUAUUAAAUUUUAUAAUUUUGUUACCAGUGAUGUACUGUAGAGUUUAAGCCAGGUUUUCAAGAGUACAGAGUGCUUGAGAUUAUGGAUAGGGUGCUUGAGAUUAUGAACAGG